AUGGAUUCCACGUUAGAGAAGGUCAACGAGAAGCUGGCCCACGAGGCAGCUGCCAGCGCCGACAACGUUACCCAAGUGGACCGAGCUGCCCGGUUAAGUCGAGGAUCUCUGCACACUACAGACGGCGACACUGGCACAGUGAGAGUGCGGUCGCAAAGUACAGCUCCCGUGCCCACAGUCACGCGACAGUCUAGUGUAUUGUCAAACAAGCAGGGCAAGAACAAGGCUUCUGGGGAGGGAUCUGGUCUCAUCGUCGAGACGGAGACCGUCUCUUCCAUUCCCCAGGUGGCAUUGGCACCUGCUGCCAAACUGGAACCCGGCACCGGUACACUGAGAGCGAAACCUAGCACGGAAACUAUUCGACCCAAGAAAGAGAAGAAGAAGACCAGUCGGAAGCAGCCGACUGUGAACCCUGGAAAUGCAUCAUCAAAAGCAGAUAUUUUUGAGGCUAAAGUGGCCAGCGCCGUUGAUGAGGCGAAUACAUCAGAUUCUGAGGAGACAUUCGUCUACGACUCCAACCCUCCUGAUGUUGAAAGACGUCGGUAUCACUCGCGAACACCCAGCGCUACCUCGAUGAUUAGCCAGGCCGACAGAGCCGGCGCCCUAGGCAUGCGCUCAAUCCACGAGGCUUUGCAGGUAAACACAGCCGCGGGGCUGAAGAAGAGCAUGAAGUUCGUAAACACCUUCAACAGUAACGGCGCUGAAAGCUUAGGCGCCGACGACGAUGGGAAGGGCAGUGGUAGAAGUGCGGGCGUCGGAUCAGGAAGAGGCACAGGGAGACAUCAUCACCACAACCACUUCGGUCGCUGGGGUCGUCACCCUGGGAACACGCACCCCUCGCUCUUCGACAAUGAAUCUCUGUUUCCGAACGCGGCCCGAUCUAAGAUGUCGGCCAACAACUCGAGACAAUCGUCAGGCCCUCCUAGUCCGAGAGUCGCGAGCUCAGCUAGAGGCGGUCCCCACGCUCUCGGAAAGCGGUCCUCGAUUCAAAUGGCCCGCUACGACGCUGAUGAUACGACAACAACCGGCGCCGAUGACGAGCGCACCCCUCUACUCACAUCUACGGUGCGAUCUGCGCGUAGAACGCGCCGUCACCCCGCAAACCUGCGAAAUCUCGAAUCGCAGUCGUACAGGCAGCAGCCGUCAUACUUGAACCGGUUCGCUGCUUGUCUGGUGGUAACCAUGAUGCUGUUGCUUGUUAUCACCGGCGCGAUUGGCUUCAUGUUCGCUACCUCUCAACCACUGACGGACAUUGAGCUUGUAUCCAUCAAGAACGUCCUGGCCAGCGAUCCGGAGCUGAUGUUUGACCUGACGGUCAAAGCUCAUAACCCUAAUAUUGUGGUGGUAUCAAUCGACCAGGCAAAUCUAGAAAUUUUUGCUAAAUCUCCUCACGCUGGUACCGAUUUCGAUUGGUGGAAGCGGCCGCAUGGGGACGAGUUGGAAGACCCAGACGUGCAUAUUCGCGACGAUCCUCCCGACGACCCGCCCGACGACGACGCCGCACCAAACAUGCGUCUCGGCACAAUCACCGAGUUCGACAGCCCGCUGUCCUUCGAAGGGUCCUUCUUCAACAAGGGCGUCUCAGCAUCAACUGGCACCAUGCGACUCCAUCUCCCAGGCAACCACUCCGCUGGAGGUUCUGAGCGUUGGGGACGCAUCAUCCAGGACGAGUUCGAUCUUAUUGUGAAGGGUGUGGUGCGUUACUCCUUACCACUCAGCCAGCGAGUCCGCAGUGCGCCGAUAUCUGGCAGAACCACAGUCAAACCCAACUCUGCCAACGACCCAUCUCUCCAGCCCAACAUGACCUUACCCGGAGACCUACCAGAACUAGAGUCCUGA